AUGGCCUUCCGCAGUCUCCGGAAGUUGUACUCGCUAGACACACUCGACACUCGCUUCACUAUACCAGCCACCGCAACCCCGAAAGAAGCUCUAGAAGAAGCCAAUGUGGAUCCAGCGAAGCCAGGACCCGUUCAAAGCGGGCGGUCGAAAGGAGAUAGUUCCGCUGAGAGCGUUCAGCCUUCGCGAUGGAACACACCAGAGUUCUAUUUCUACUAUUUUGUUUUCCUAACCGCAAUCCCUUCCAUGUGCAAGUCGGUGCAUGAUGUAUCACGAGAAUCACACCCAAACUACUCCCAUUUCGCUCCUUUGCUCUCAAAUGGUUGGGUACCUGGCCGUAAAGUUGACAACUCGGAUGCUCAGUACUCUGGCUUCCGCCAGAACAUGCCAUACUUAUUUGCUAUUGUUCUACUCCAUCCAAUCCUUCGGAAGGCCUAUGAUUCGUUCUGGAGAGCAGACACCUACGCUCAAGUGCGCCCAUUUAAUGGUGGAGACGGUCAGCUGACCCAAGGUUUAACUUCAGCGGCCGCUGCAGACGCUCGACUUGAACAACGCAUCUCUUUCGAUGUCGGCUUCGCCAUCUUAUUCAUAGGUGCCCUUCAUGGAUUCUCUGUGUUGAAGAUUUUCGCUAUUCUGUAUAUCAACUACAGCAUAGCUAAGAAGGUCCCAAGAUCAUACAUGCCAGCCGUUACCUGGGGUUUCAACAUUGGCAUAAUGUUCGCAAAUGAGCUAUGUAGGGGCUAUUCAUAUGCCUCGAUCCUCGGCGCCUUCCUCCCCUCGACCUCUGGCCCGGAGAAGGAGCAGCCAAGAGCGAAUCUAGGGACUAUGCUUGACCAGUAUGGCGGCCUCAUGUCAAGAUGGGAGGUUCUUUUCAACUUCACUGUGUUACGCCUCAUAAGCUUCAACCUCGACUACUACUGGAGUUUAAACUCUAGAGGGAAUAGUCCAGUCGAGGUGCGACCUUAUUCUCUUCUCUCUCCCGACAAAGCUAAUGGCAUCAAGAAGAAGCAGCUCGAUCCCUCAAAUCUUUCCGAAAGAGAUCGUAUUUCAAUACCAGCAAAAGCCACGGACUUCUCCUUCCGUAACUAUUUUGCAUACGCUUUGUAUUCUCCGCUAUUCCUUACCGGCCCAAUUGUUACAUUUAACGACUACAUGUCGCAAUUGAGGUACCGACCACACAGCAUAACCACGAAAAGAACAACGCUGUACGCAAUUCGAUUCAUCAUUUGUCUCCUCGUCAUGGAAAUUAUGAUUCACUACAUGUAUAUGGUUGCCAUAUUUAAAGCGAAACCGGACUGGAACCAAUAUACUCCAUUUCAGCUAAGUAUGCUUGGGUUUUUUAACCUUAAGCACAUUUGGCUUAAACUACUCCUUCCGUGGCGAUUCUUUCGACUCUGGGCCUUGCUAGAUGGUAUUGACCCUCCGGAAAACAUGGUACGGUGCAUGAGCGACAAUUACUCCGUCAUGGCCUUCUGGCGUGGCUGGCAUCGAAGUUUCAACAAAUGGAGUGUCAGAUAUCUCUACAUUCCCCUGGGAGGCAGUGCCUUUCCAGGGGCUUGGGGCAAAGCGAGAGGGAUCUUCAAUUACUUAGCCGUCUUCACCUUCAUUGCAAUUUGGCAUGAUAUCCAACUUCGAUUGUUGAUGUGGGGAUGGCUGGUCACUUUGUUCGUUGUUCCAGAGCUCAUUGCAUCUAUGCUGUUCCCUGCACGCAAAUGGAAAAACAACCCUAAUACAUAUCGCGUGAUUUGUGGAGUUGGGGCUGUAGCGAAUAUCUUAAUGUUAAUGGCUGCAAAUUUAGUCGGAUUUGCGCUAGGAUUGGACGGUCUUGAUGGAUUAGUCAAGGGCAUUGUUGGGAGUUAUUCUGGGCUUGCGUUCUUCUGGGCGGCGUGCGGUGCUCUGUUUGUUGGAAGCCAGGUCAUGUUUGAGGUGAGGGAGCAGGAGAAGCGGGAGGGAGUUAAGAUGAAAUGCUGA